CCUCUCCUUCUACACCAACUACACCACAACGUUACAGAGAGUCAACUUUACUAUCUAGUCCUAUUUUCCAUUUUCAAAAUACAGAUCGUCCUUCAAAAAGAUCUAAAGUAGAUAAAGAACUUCCAAUAUAUACUGGAGCAA